GGCUGAAACCAUCCCGGUUGCUACGUGACUUCGCGUGGCUCCCAGUCUGUGACGCUGGGACCGUGCAACCGGGCCAGUGGCUGCUCGCUUUUGAGAGCAGAUUUGACCAUGUAGUUGCGGUGACUGUUUCGGCGUGAAUCAUUCCGAAGCCAGAAUAGUGAGUUUAUUUGACGUUUGCCUAACGACGUUUUGACUUGUUUCGUGUUGAGUUACUUUAUCACCGUGCUGGACAGAUCUACAAUUGAAGAUAUAUGUUCGGUAAAGGCGCAAAGCGGAAGCUGGACGAGGAGGAUGACGAGGGGCUGGAAGGCCAAGCGCUGGCGUCGCCUGUGGCCCCUGGAGCGGCGGGGGGGCCCGGGCCCCGGUGGCCCGAGGGCCCCUCCAAGGUGUCGUACACGCUGCAGCGGCAGACCAUCUUCAACAUCUCUCUGAUGAAGCUGAUGUACAGCCACCGCUCGCCGCCGGCCGAGCCGCGGCUGGAGCGCCGCGUGCUCAUCAACAACAUGCUGCGACGCAUCCAGGAGGAGCUCAAGCAGGAGGGGGCGCUGCGGCCGCCGCUGCUGCUGCUGCCCCCCUCGCCGCCGCCCGACGACCCCAUGGACGAGACCUUCCGCGAGGCCCCGCCCGCCGCCGGCAGCGGGCCGGGACCGGCCACGCCCGGGCCCCCGUCGGCGAUGCCCGCCUCCCCCGUGACGCCGGCGUCGGCCGCCCAGCUGCCCCUGCAGCUGCUGGCCCUGCCGCCGUCGCCGGCCCCUCCGCCUACUCCUCCUCCUCCUCCUCACACGGCCACGCCCCCCUGCCCGCCUGCCACGCCCACCGGCCCCGCCCCCAUGGAGGCAUGCCUCACGCCCGCCUCCCUGCUGGAGGACAACGACACGGCUUUUUGCACUUUGGCCCCGCCCACCCUGCCGCUCUCCCCUCCCCCCACCCCCCCAAACUGUCAGCCUGCCAGCCCCCUCCCCCUCCCCCCCAGGGGCCCCUCCCCCCACGGUGCCGGCUUCUUCCCCCCGGCCCCGGCUAGCCUGGCGCCGGGCCCCCCCGCAGCCAUAGCAAAGACAGCAGCAGCAGCUAACACCACAACUACCUCCCCCACGGCCCCCGCCCUCCCCCUGCCCUCCCCCCCGCUCCCCCUCAGGGACAGCAGGACCACGGCCCCCCGGGCCGAGGUGGCGGUCGUCUCGCCCACCUCGGUCGGCGUGGUGGCGGACGCGCCCCCCGCCUCCCACCCCUACCCGCCUGCGCCCCCCUCCCCCUCGGGGUUCCUCUCCGACCUGGCGCUGGACGACAUCCUGUUCGCCGACAUCGACACGUCCAUGUACGACUUUGACGCGUGCACCACGGCGGGCGCCGUCACCGCCAAGCUGUCGCCGGCGGUAACGGCCGACGACCUCCUCAAGUCACUGACGUCGCCGUACGCCGUAGCGCCCGCUCCCCAGGUUUCAGCCAAUCAGCCGUUCAAGAUCGACCUGACGGAACUGGACCACAUCAUGGAGGUGCUGGUUGGCUCGUGAGUAAAGACAAUGUAGACCUUUAGCACCGCAGCAGAAUGGACUGGAAUCAAAGCUGUGGGCCCUUUUUACCUUUCUCCUGAUUGUCCUUUUAUUUUGUAUUUCUGUUCUUUCUUUAAUACAGUUUUCAAGAAUCGGUAAUUGUAAGCAUCAAUGUGAUGUAAUUUACUACUUCUAUUACUACUACUAUUACUACUACACCUACCACUACUACUACAUAACAUUGUGCAUGCACUGUGCUUGCCUUUUCCAAAAGAGAAAGGACAUAAAGUGACCAGGAAACAUGGAUUAUCAUGCACACACACACACACACACACACACACACACACACACACACACACACACACACACACACACACACACACACACACACACACACACACACACA